AUGGAGUAUAAAAAUAAAACAGAGGUCACUGAAUUUUUUCUCUGUGGAUUUCCUUCUUUACUUGAACUUCAGAUAAUCCUUUUUAUAUUUUUUUUACUUAUUUAUGUCCUGACUGUAUCUGAAAAUAUCAUAAUCGUUGCCACCGUACAACUUCAUCCCAAACUCCAGAAGCCUAUGUAUUUCUUCCUUAGCAACCUGGCUUUCCUUGAGAUCUGUUAUGUCUCGGUCACCAUUCCGAAUUUAUUAGUAAAUGUCCUGGCAGAGAGGAAAACCAUCUCCUUUUCCGGUUGUAUGACACAGCUCUUCUUUUUCAUUUCUCUUAUGUGCUCAGAAUGUGUUCUCUUAGCAGUAAUGGCAUUUGACCGGUAUGUUGCUGUUUGUCUUCCAUUACAUUAUGUUAAAAUUAUGAGGCAUGAGCUUUGCAUUCAGCUUGCCUUGUCUUCAUGGGUGUCAGGAUUUGCCAUCACUAUUAUAAAGAUGUAUUUUAUAUCCAAACUAUCAUUUUGUGGCCCAAACAUCAUCAACCAUUUUUUCUGUGACAUCUCUCCUGUUCUUAAUCUUGCAUGUAUAGACAUGUCAUUAGCUGAGCUGGUAGACUUCAUCUUAGCUUUGGUUAUUCUUCUCAUCCCAUUAUUGGUGACCACUAUUUCCUAUAUCUGUAUAAUUUACACAAUUUUAAAAAUAUCGUCAACUGAUGGAAGACAAAAGGCAUUUUCGACAUGUGCCUCUCAUCUAACUGUGGUCACCAUCUUUUUUUCAACUACACUUUUUAUGUAUGCAAGGCCCAAAAAAGCCAAAUCAGUGGAUGCAAAUAAGUUGAUAUCUCUUUUGUAUGCUGUUUUCACUCCUAUGAUUAAUCCUUUCAUUUACUGUCUCCGUAACAAAGAAAUAUGGGACACAUUAAUAAAAUAUUUGUGCCACAAAAAAAAAUUCCCAGACCUCUUUUCAGUGUAUAAUAAUACAUAG